GUCAUCUGCGGGGCUCCCACACACACACACACACACACACACGGAGGACCGACUACCGACAAACCGACACAGAUAUGCGGACGAACGAUUGGAGAACCGGGGGAAUAGUCCGCUUCGACGUCGCCACGCGGUGCCUCGGCCCACCGUGAGCAGCUUUUUUUUUAGCGACUGCUCGGAGGUCGGAGAGCGGGAUUGUAAUCCCUUCCGUGUUCCCGCACGUCAUUCGGGACUCGACUGGAAAAUGAUUGUUUAGACAUUUUUUUUGUUUGUUUUUUUUUUGUUGCUACCACUGCUUUUUUCUAUUUCGCCCCGCCAUGGUGGACUCCAAUAAGAAGACUUUUGUGGUGCCUGAUAUCAAGCCGUUGGAUUUGUACGACUGCACUAAGGCGAAAAUAUGCUCCAGUGUCGGCUGGUUGUUGGCGAAGUGGUACGGCGGUGCAGAGAACGUACCCGCCGAGCUGCGAGACCCCUUCUACUGUGACCAGUAUGAGCAGGAGCACCUUAAACCUCCGGUGGCACACCUUCUGCAGUCCUCUGAGCUCUACUGCCGCACCUACAGCCUGCUGCUUCUGGCCGCCGGGAGGGCCGAAGUGCAGCCCAAAGACGACGCUGCCCUCCUGCAGCUGCUCGCCGAGAGAGGCCUGUUGUUGGCGAGUGACGUGGACCUCCGACAUAAACCCAUCAAAAUGAGCGCUCACUUGGUGGUGAUCGACGCACUGAUGACGGUGGGAGCCUCUGAGACGGUGACCUUGGCCAAGGCUGGCGGUUCUGCUGAGCUUCUGGGCGGGUCUUCCAGCUGGACAGAUGCUGUGCUCCACUGGGUUAACGCGAUCAACCAGAGACUGAGGGAGCUCACAGACGCAGGCCACAAUGAACCAAGCGUGCCAGAAAGUGACCCCCAGCCUCUCCAGCCCUCUCUGCGCUAUAGAAAGGACAAAGUUCAAUCCAAACAGAAUCCCAUUUUCCCGACGGUGAAUGAAGUCCAAGACUUGUCUAACGGCUGUGCCGUCGCCGCCGUCAUACAUUAUUACUGCCCCGGCCUGCUGAGACUGGAAGACGUCUGCAUGAAGGAGACCAUGUCGGCCGCCGACAGCCUGUACAACCUGCAGUUUGUCCGCGAGUUCUGUGACAGCUGCCUGAAGAGCUGCUGCCAGUUAACCUUGGAGGACAUGUUGUACUCGCCAAAGGAGCUACGGCUUAAUUUGCUGAGUUUCCUCGCCGAGCUGCUUCACUGGUUUGAAGUGCAAAGGCCAGACUUUGUUCAACCAGUAGGCACAUCAGAUGUCUCCACACCAGCGACGCCUAGUGGUGGGAGUGGUACAAGCAUCUCUACGUCAAUCCUCAAGAAACCCUUUCUCCCCAUUUCCUCCUCUGCAUCAGGGUCUUUGAAUCAGUCUACCUCAAUGUCUCAUUUAGAAGGAGUCGGAAAGUCUUGGACUAAAAAACACAGGCCCCUGUCGGCCGUGUCCUUCAGCAUCCCCUUUGGCCUGGACAGCGACGUGGACAUCGUGAUGGGCAACCCUGUGAUAACCCGCUCUGUGAGCUCGGACCAGCUUCACCCGUCGAAUCAUAACGCGACACGGUCCACAUUUAGUCCUCUGGUGGACCUCGGCACACCGCCUGCUUCCAACGGCGUCCACAGAGCCUCCUGGUCCACGCAGAGUCCCAGUCAUCCGGUAGUAAUGGAGAAUGGCGUCAGCCCAACUGAAACUGGAGAGCUGCCGACCAUCGAAGAGGCCCUUCAGAUUAUUCACAAUGAAAGUAAGAUGGAGCCUCGCUUGCAUCCUGACGGCGCUCCUGAUGGCUUCUACCUGCACUCUCCAGACGACCCGGCUAGUUCCAGACACCACAGGAACUUGCCGUCCGUCAGCUCCUCUGCUCCGACGCGUUCAGGAGUGCUGCACCGGCCUGCGAGAGAGUCCAAAGACCCCACUCGGACUAGAAACGCUUCUGAAUGCUCAAGAGACGACGACUCGGUCUUAAGAGACGGCAGCGUGGACUCGGACGGGUCGGAAGACACGCCCCGGGCUCAGUCCACUCCCAGCACUCCCGCCGGCGCACACGCAGAUAGACGCAGCAGUAAGGAGGGGUCGGACAGCGGCGUGAAGAUGACCAGCUUUGCGGAGCGCAAGAAGAAGCAAAGCGAAGAUUCUCGCAAAGUCAGCGACCCAGCUAUACCCCAAUCCACCUCCUGGGAGAUCAAGUCCGAAGAAAUCCCCAGCCCUCAGCUCAAUAACGAGAUGUCCGAGCUCGGGGUUCGUCUCGAGGAAAAACGUCGAGCCAUCGAAGCCCAGAAGAAGCGCAUCGAGGCCAUCUUUGCAAAGCACCGGCAACGGUUGGGCAAGAGCGCUUUCCUGCAGUUGAAGAAGGAGCAGCGGCAGGACGACGGCGAGGCCGAAGGAGGUCAAUUCAGCGCCUCCUCGACGGAGGAAGACCUCGCUCGGUUGACCCUGGAGGAGCGGCGGCCUAGUCUGGAAGAAGGAGAACCCUCUGUGAAAGACAAAAGUCGUGUUCAAGGUGGACCCACCAAAGAGAAGGCCAGUACGCCAGCAGAGAAGGGUGAAAAAACGGCACCGCUUGGCGACUACAACAAUGCCGUGUCCAAGCUGACUGCAGCCCUGAGUUCCCUGCAGAGUGACAUGCAGCGACUCACCGUGCAGCAGAACCAACUCAUUCAGAAGAAAGCUCCCAGCAACAAAUCCUGGGUCGUUCCACCCAGCCCCAAGACCUCCACCCCGACCCCAUCCCCUGCCCGCUACUCGCGGGAAUCCACUCGGGACUUCCAUUCAACGACCCCUUCGCCAUCCCGCAGGCUCACGAACCACAUCACUCCUCCGAAGUCUCCCCAAGUGGUCCAUCGCAGAACCCAGUCAGUGCCCCCUAAGAGCCCCAAACAAAGUCGCCACUCAAACCCAAAGUUCCCUGCCCUGUCCAGGGCCAUUACAGCGCCGCAGAGUGUGGACCGCAUCCCCCACCUCCGCCGCGUGAACCCCUCGCAAACUCAAAUCCAGACUUCUUCCUCGUUUUCCAUCGGCAACACUGAGAGCUUCGACGCCCUCCGCUCUUUGGCGGGGACGCCUGAUUCCUCGGUGACGCUCACCCCCAUGACGACACCCUCCCAGACUCCCCGUCCACCCGCAAUUGACGCCCUCUCCGAAGUGGGCUCUAUUGACUAUGAAAGUAUAUUCGACAUGGACCUGGAGCACAGGUCCUCGCAAAGCCCUACGGCUCGGAAGGAGGGCUGCAGUUCUGGUGCCCCGUCAGAGUGCUCCUUUGAGAGCGACGCCGCCCCUGCAGGGGCUGUGAACGGAAAGCGGAGUAGCCUGAUUGAGAUCUCGCUGUCUUCUCUGCACGGAGACGUAGAGGAUGAGGAGGACCAAGUACCCGAUCCUUUCUCAGACUCCAUGAGUGACACGACCGAGCCAGAGACCAAAGGAGGAGGGGUUGGCUUUUUCUUCAAGGAUGCCAAGGAGCGACCGGAGGAUGAGAUGGCUCUGAGAAGAGCCGCAUUGCUCGAGAAACAGCAGAAAAGAACGGAGGAGAUGAGGAGACGCAGGCUGGAGCAGGAAAAAGAAUCCAACAAGCCCCAGUGGAUGGUCAUUGAAGGCUGGGGCAAUAAGAGCGAGGACCAGCCGCACACCCCCGGGACCCCUCCGGCACCGGGGACGCCCCCGGCAGAGAGAACGCCCCAGCGCAGAGGAGAGUUCACUCGGCAGGAGUACGAGCGCAGGCAUCAGCUGAAGAUCAUGGAGGAUCUGGACAAGGUGCUGAGGCAGAAACCCACCACGGUGCGCGGGGUGAAGAAGCAGAGACCCAAGACCGUGUUCCGGGACGACUCGGCCCUCGCCCACAGCCCCGUCAAAGGCCUUUUGGGCGGCAGGCUGAAUAAAGUGUACUCGCACUCCACCAUGAACCUGUCCUCCAUGGCUAAUGACUCUGGAGGCUUGACUGUCAGGAGGUCCGCCAGUCGUUCCCACUCGCCUUCCCGCCUCAUGUCACCGGGGCGAAUGAGUGCCCAUAACGGAGACUGGGAGAACGGAUCCACCGUCUCCUCUACCGCCUCCAUCCCAGAAUACACAGGUCCAAAGCUAUAUAAGGAGCCCAGCUUCAAGUCCAACAAGUUCAUCAUCCACAACGCCAUCACACGCUGCUGUCUGGCCGGCAAGGUCAACGAAGCGCAGAAAAACAAGAUUGUGGAGGAAAUGGAGAAGAGCCCCGCCAACCACUUCCUCAUCCUCUUCCGGGACUCCAGCUGCCAGUUCCGGGCCGUCUACACCAUGAACCCGGAGACGGAGGAGCUGUCGCGCCUCACCGGCAUCGGCCCGCGCCUCAUCACGCUGGACAUGGUGGAGUCCAUCUACAAGUACAGCUCCGACCGCAAGCAGUUCACCGCCAUCCCGUCCAAGACCAUGUCCAUGAGCGUGGACGCCAUCACCAUCCCCGGCUACUUCUGGCAGAAACGCCCGGGGACCCCCAAGAAGCUCGGCACCCCAAAAUAAACUAUUCGGGAUUUAAUUUUUGUUCCUAUUUCGACCAGUAGGGGGCGUUUCUACUUGCUUCUUUCCCCCUUCCUCUAUUAGUAGCAGACAACUGGAGUGGUGGACUCUGAAGGCCACGUAAGAACAAUCAUGUGCCAAGAGAAUGGAUGAAGGACUCAAAAUCAAAGCUUGGAUGAACGAUUGUUGGCUUUUUCUGGCGCUCCUCCAUGCCUUGCCUUACUUACCCUGGCCCACCUCACUGCCUUGCUACAUGACUUAGUAGUUCCCCGUCUCAUUUUUCGCCGCCUUUCCUUUUUCAUCCUAGGGCUUACUUGCUCUUGACUGGAAAAGACUGCUCUCGUGCCGUCGGGCCAUGCCUCCCGUGCUAUGGAAACGCUGCGAGUCCCCUCGACUUUCUGCUGCAAGACAUCUGGAUGUUUUUCCCCCGCUGGAUAAAUCGACGCCCUUAAAAGACGAAACGAAUGACCUUUCCUUGUGACACAUGAAGGACUACGUACUCGUAAAUGCUGAUUUUGACACGUAACGAAUGCUCAUUUCUUUUUGAGAAUAUUAAAAAACAAAAAUGUAAAAAUUCCCUUUCUACGCUCGAUUGCGUUGUGGUCGAGGGAUUGAAACCUUUUUUGGGGCUGGGUUUGUAAACUCGGAAGGAUUAUCCCGGACCGUCGCAGCCCUAAACCUAAACCACUCAAUGAAAUGUACGACUUGGCGGGUGUAGGGGGGGGGGGGAUGUAAACGGCCAAACUUUUUACUGCUGUAGUUGCCGGUGAUGCUGAUCUUCCUCGUGCGAUCACUGGCCGCCUCCAACAAAUGAAUGACGUUUAAAAAUACGAAUGUAAGAAGAAAAUUGGACAAAAACAACUUAAUUUGUGCACAUGGGACUAAGGAUGCGUGUAUUUAUUUAACAAGAGUAGUAUGUGGUUUAUGCAAUAGCUAUAUUUUGAUUCUGUGCAAUCUUUUUCUCAAAAUCCUUGCCACCCGGGGGGGGGGGGGGGGGGGUCUAUUUAUUUAGUUUGCUUUAGAUUUGAUGUUCAUUUUUGGGUUCUUCUAAUGUAUUUGUCGGUUACGGUAGUUUUUUUUUCCUCCCCCCCGCUCCUUCAUAACAUUUUCUGUCAUCAAACCUGUGCCAGUACUUGUGUGUUUAUUUCAUUCAUCGGCUUUCUUUGCAUCAGGACCAGAAUAAAAAUCGUUUUUAGAUCUUU